GAGGAUGACCCCACUUUGUGUUAUAUUAGCAACGGCGACGGUGUCGGUCAACCAUUCAUGACGGGAUGGCAGACAAUUCCGAAAUCGAGUCCGCACCGACGCUGUCUAUCAAGAGUCUGAAAUCGAGAUUCGAGCAGUUGGCACAGGAAAAUGCAGUCUCAUUGGUCUCCCCGUCCAUGUCGCAAAGUAGCAACCAGACGCUCUUGACUCCAGACCCGCCCACCCAUCGGACGCGGGCGUCAGUGGGGGGCGACGAGCGACCCAGCCAGUCUGAAGCGAGAGCACUGCGCACAUCGAUAUCCGCGUCAGACAUGAAAAAGGUGACCAGACGUGCACCUCCGCCUCCGCCCCCGUCUCGUGGCAGGAAACCCUCGCCGGCUGUGUCCCCACUCCUGCGUCCAGUACCCAUCCCGGCUACCCGCCCAGGACAGACACCACAGGCUUCGCAGGACAGCGACGUCGGCGACGACCUUCCUCUUCAGGGAACGGUCGCUUCGCUUCGCAGCCGCCUUUCGUCAUCUGCCGCGGUUGUUGCGUCCUCACCGCCGCGACCAACAACCCCAAAACCCUUGCCACGUCCGGCAGGGUCGACGUCACAUAAUGACUCGUCUGUACAUGAGUUCACCCCCUCCCUCGUUCCAGUCCGUCAUACAAUGUCUGACCGCUCACCAUCUGUAUCCUCGGUGACACUGGAAAGUCCAGACGAUACCUUGGAGCUGGGACUUGUGAUGAAUGCUUCAACUCGCACGGGCAGCGUCGCCUCGCUUCGUGAUCGUUUCACGGCUAUGAGUAUACCUACUUCUGCGACACCAAAGCCGCUCGUACGUGAAGAUCGUCAAGCGUGGCAUAGCGAACCAAACAUUCUAGCACCCACCAAUCCUCCACCCACGCUUCUCACCCGACGCCCGCCCCCGCCCCCACCUACCGGCCCAACACUCUUCCAAACCGAAGACGAUUCGCAAUCAGCUUGUAUCUCAUCGCACAGCCCAUUCUCAGAUGACGAAUCUAUAUUAUCCGAAAUUACACCGCCCCUCAAACUUCCACCUCCACCUGCCAUACCACCACGGAAGACGAACAGUUCGCCGAGAGCGUCGAAUGGUGCAAGUGAUCACGCCCGCAAAUUAUCUGAUGUUAGCAGUUCGAGCGACGGCUUUCCACCGUCGCCGAAACCGAAACCACCACCACGUCCGGGCGCACGUCUACCUCCUCGGACAAAUGGUAUCCCUCACGGAGCUCCUGUAGCUUCUUCCCCAAUAUCGUUACUCCCACCACCUCUCCCAUCGCGACGCGUGACGCCAGAUGAGGUUCCAGAUAUUCAAUCUUUUGCACCGCCUCUUCCUGCACGAAGUGCACAUGCCGCUCCAUCUGGGAACGUCGCUGACCCUGCAUGUGAGCGCAAGCUUCUCGGUAAUAACAAACUUCUGCCCCCACCGACACGACAAAUCGGCCUGGGCGAUAAGCUCCCACCCGUACGUCGACCCCCUACUCCCUCCUCAGACGAGGAAUCCGGAGAAGAUGACGACCCGCGCGACUCGAGUCGUUCGUCACGGCGCCCACCUUCGUUAUCUUGUUUCGUUUACCCAGCAUCUAGGAUCCAAGUUCCUGCGCAUUCGGGACAAGUUGCAAUCGCGUUGCCGAGUGCGGUCAUUGCAACACACCACCACAUCAAAUACUACGAUUUAUCAUGUAGCGACGUUCCACUAUGGACGAUCGAUACCCGAGAGGCAGGUUUGCGCGAAGCCAAAGUGACGUGUCUAGAGUUUAAGCCUACAGCUGCGGAGGGCCACUUAUUCGAGGUGGAUGUCGGUGUGGGAUCGGUGACGGCGACUAAGUUUGGGGUGCAUGCAUGUCAGGUGACACACAUGUUUAGGUAUGGGAGGAUGAUGGUGACGGUGGACGAUGCGGGCAAGAUGAUGGUUUUCGAUCCAGACUCAGACGUUGGCAUGGCCGCAGGGAUGGGCGAGGAAGACGUGAGUCUUGUGUACACCCAACCACGGGUGUACCGUACCGCGGAAAAGCAGGAUUUUGUGAAGAUGUUGGGUGGGUUACUCUGGACCUCUGUCCGCACGGAGAUGAAUGGUACUGGGACGGCGUCCGUUCCAGUCAUCAGGAUAUACGAUCCGUUCGUCCCGGGCAGUGUUGCACGAUGUGUCAUGCCCACGCAGCGUGUGGGCGCAGUGAUCGUCUACCUAGGUCACGAAGGCGGGUUUAUCUCAGUGUGGAAUAUUGACACACCCGGUGGAACCCCAGAGUGCGUAGAAGUGAUGAAGGUAUCCGCUUCGGACGUGUUGUGCUUGGAAGGCGUGAACGAUCGGUUAUGGGCAGGUGGAAGGAAAGGUACGGUUUCGGCGUAUGAUGUGAGUCCUCGACCCUGGGUCGUGACGAAUUGUUGGGAAGCCCAUGAUGGACUUCCCGUCUUGAAAUUGUUCGUGGAUCCGUCCGCGAUCGAGAGGGUGGGAAGGUUGUGUGUAGCGAGCGUUGGACGGGACGAGCGUAUGAGAUUUUGGGAUGGGUUGUUGGGGAGUGAUUGGGUGGGUCAGGAAUUGCUCAAGCGAGAACACGCUUUUAGCAAGUUCAGGAACCUUAACGUGCUCAUCGUCUCUUGGAACUCGACCGACGCAGAGAACGCCCAGUUCUUCCAGAAAGUGUUCCAAAGCUCUGAUGGCCCCGACAUCAUCGCGUUCGGGUUCCAAGAAGUCAUUGAUUUGGAGAGUCGGAAGAUGGCCGCUAAAACUGUUCUUCUGGGAGGAAAGAAGAAAGGCGAGGACGGUAAGAUCUCUGAAAAGGUGUCGUCGUCGUAUAAGAGGUGGCAUGAUCGGUUGGUUAUGGCUGUUAAGAUGGCUAUGCCACCAGAUUCGCCGUAUACGGUCAUCCAUACGGAGAGCCUGGUCGGAUUGUUCACGUGCAUAUUUGUGAAGAAUGCGCAGAGGGCGUCGGUGAAAGAUGUUGCCAUUACUACCAUCAAGCGUGGGAUGGGUGGUAGGUAUGGGAAUAAGGGAGCGAUCGUCGCGCGGCUCGUUGUGGACAACUCGUCUAUAUGCUUUAUUAACUGUCACUUGGCUGCUGGUCAGGGACAUGUACGCCAACGGAAUGCGGACGUGGCGGCUGUGUUGGAGGAGAAAUCAUUAUUUCCACCAUCUGACGCCGUUGAGGAGUACAUUGAUUUUGUCGGCGGUGGAGACGGGUCGAUGGUUUUAGACCAUGAAAUUGUCUUCCUCAACGGGGAUAUGAACUACCGCAUCGACCAGCGUCGGGAAACCUCCGGAGAGCUGGAGUUGCUGUUCCCACACGAUCAGUUGUUGAGAGAAAUGAAACAUAAUCAAGGGUUCCGACUACGCGCGUUCCAGGAGGGGCCAUUGAUGUUCGCGCCGACAUAUAAAUACGACCGACGAUCCAACGAAUUCGACACUUCCGAGAAACGACGUACGCCCGCAUGGUGCGAUCUCCAGCUCAACUAUCAACGGUACGAAGCGAAUGUAUCCGACCACCGACCUAUUUCUGCCGCAUUCAAGGUGACGAUUAAGUCUGUGAGACAGGAUGUGAGGGCGAGGGAGAAGAUGGAGGUGGGGAAGAGGUGGACGGAGAUGGAGAUGGAAUUGUUGGAGAGUGCGAGAGAAUUUUAUGUGCAGCAGGCUAGGACGUUGAUAUAACGGCCACUGAGCGCUGAGCAUUGGACGAGAAGAUUAUGUGCAAUGUUACAUUAUACCUGUGGAGAGUAAUGUGGGGCUAAGGUCGAUACUGGUAGAUAUGUUAGCAUCUGUAUGUAGCGCAUGGACUUCUUGUUUGUUCAAAGCAUCGUCGGGACUAGGGAAGGAACGAUUGUAAUCUUUGGUUUGCGG